AUGUCCACCUUUGACGGUAUCGUCAGGGAGUUUCCCUAUAUCCGAAUCGACAAUUUUACCAAUUAUCCAGACGAACCGCCACCACUCGCGUGUUUCCUCAGCCAUGUCCACAGCGAUCACUUGAAAGGCCUCGAGUCUUUCAAAUCUACUUUCGUCUAUUGCACUGCGCAAACUCGUGAGCUGCUUCUUCGUUUGGAGAAGUUCCCACACCGCAUGAACUUUGCAAAAGGUAUUUUGGAGUCCAGAAAACAGACAUAUCGUCGUCUCAAAAAUCACAUCAAACCUAUUCCUCUCGAAACACCUACCGAGAUUGAACUGGCUCCUGGCAUAUCAAUCAGAGUCACUCUCUUCGAUGCCAAUCACUGCUUGGGAUCUUGCAUGUUCUUGAUAGAAGGUAAUGGACGGGCUAUUCUCUACACUGGUGAUCUUCGAUCAGAAACAUGGUGGGUGAACACUCUCGUGCGCAGCCCCGUCCUCUUGCCAUACACAAAAGGUACUCAGAGACUUGACAAUCUUUACCUGGACACAACUUUCACUUCCGGCGAUGCUUUGGAGUACGAAAUGCCUUCGAAGGCCGAGGGCUUGGACGAACUGCUCAAGAAAGCCGCCGAGUAUCCUCCGAAAACCAUAUUUUAUCUCAAUACAUGGACAUUUGGGUAUGAAGAAGCUUGGAUCGCUCUUGCAGCUGCUUUGAAGACACGGGUUCAUCUUGAUGACUAUCGUUGGCGCCUAUACUCCUCGCAGAGAGAUCAGCCGACAUGCUACGGACCACAAACUGCACCUUUAGUGGGCUACAAACUUGGGAACCACGAACAUCCAGGAUGUCUAACAAAUUCUCUGGAAGGUGUUCGAAUUCACAGUUGUGAGAGAGGAACUCGCUGUGAAGUGUUCCAGGAUCCUUGUGUCGUAUGGAUCACGCCAAUAAUAGCUCGACACAAAGGCCAUAACAUUGCCGAGAUAGGAGCUGGUGGCGGUCACGGUGACCUCAAUCAAACACAUUCGCUCGAGCUAUAUGACCAAGGCAGCGUCCAGCAGCUAUUUCUAAUUUGCAAAAGAGCACUCCAGGCCCAACCUGAGCUCAGGGAGCCAAUGCAAGAAUGGUUUGCGAGUCUGACGAAGAGAGGUAAAGAGUCAAUCGACCUUGACCUCGAAAUACUCCGUGACGAGGUCGACGUUACUAGUCAAGAUGGUCGACCCGUAGAUGAGUUCGACAUGGAUAACUUGCCCAUAGACAAGUUGGUUCCAGCUCUCACAAGGCUGGUCACCGGCAAAGCUAAGCAGGAAGAAGAGGAUCGGCUGAAGCGACAAAGGCAGAUCACCUUUCCAUUCUCUCGUCAUUCUUCCUACCUGGAGCUACGCGAACUCGUACAAGCAUUCAAACCAAGGGAUAUUCACCCUUGCACAAUCGACCGGUCGUCCUAUACAUAUGAUAUAUCGAUGGAGAUGUUGUUCGGAGACCUUUGCUCAGCCAACGUCUUCCAGGCAGACAAGAAACUUCACGCCGAGCUGGGUAUCAAAGAUCCAGAUGCCAACGAAGCAGAAUCACAACGAGACACGCCAUCGCCUGAGAGGGACAAGCCGGUGAACAGACCACAAAGCCCUCCAGAAGUGACAUUUGAAACGGCACAGGAAAAGCAAAGCAGAGAGUCAGGAACGAGCAAAGCGAGCAUGGGUCGCAGCUCGUCAACGAUAAUUUAUGAGACUCCACACAAACGGGUGAGGACAUCGAGGUCAGGGCACAGCAGUACUCCCAGUAGUACCAGCAGUGAAAGAAACGCGCGCAGAGAGGCCAUGUUCAACGCGGCUCUGGAUCAGAAGUGGAAAACAGGAUAUCUGACUAGCGUCGGAGGGUAUCAUAAUCAGGAGCCAGAAAAGGAGCUUUAG